AUGGUGUCAUUGGCACGGGCAGGGCGCUUCGGCGCAGAGCGGGAGGCGGUCUCGCUGAUCUCUUGGAAUGUCCUUGCGCCCUGCUAUGCUUCGGGCAACGCCUUGUAUGGGCACGUGGCGCCUGCAGCUUUGGACUGGGGUUCAAGGGUGGAGCUCAUCAUGCAAGAGCUGCUGGAGGCAGACGCGGACCUCAUCCUCCUGCAGGAGGUGAUGUAUGAUCUCUUCGAAGAGCUUGAAGCCCGCUUGGUCUCUGUGGGAUAUGGUGCAGUGAUGCAGCGCCCGAAGAAGAAGGGCGAAGACCACCCGACCGGGAACGCGUCCUUCUUCCGCGCGGAGCGCUUCUCGCUGAGCUGGGCAGACCACAGGAGCCGAAUUCUCUUGUUGGGCUUGCGGGACUCGCGCCGCGAUGCUGAGCUUUGUGUGGCCAACUGCCACUUGGAAGGCGAUCCCCGGCAGCCCCUGGCGCGGGUGGCACAGCUUCGAUCCGCGCUGCUGGAAGCCAAGCGCCGCGGCGGGCAGAGGCAUGCCCUGGUGCUGGCCGGCGACAUGAACGCGCCGCUGAUAUCUUCCGCCGUGGCUUCCUACCUUUCUUUUGGCAGCGUGCUGCCUGGUGUCGUGGAGUUUGGGUGGCCGGUACCGGUCCCGGAGGGCCAGGAGGACAGCUUUCCUUACCAGAUGACCUCUGCCUACGCGCCCGGCGCGGAGUUUAGCUUCAGCUUGCGCGGCGCCAGCGGGCCCUGCCACAUGCUGGACCAGGUCUGGUUCGAUGCCACGCGCUUCCGCUGCUAUGCAGUUCGUGACGUCUUCCGCUCAGAGCACCACAAGUUGGAGGUGCUGAGUGGGGGGCUGCCCAGCCAGCGAGACCCUUCAGAUCACUUGCCGGUGGGCGUCAUACUGGAAGUCGUCGAUUUGCCUGCCAAAGGUGCAGAGGAGGUGGAGGUGACGAGCGAAGAUUUGCUUCAGCAAGCUGAGGAGCUUUGGCAGGCCUGCCCCCUCAGCGCGGUCCAGCGGCAGCACCUGCUGAGCUGCGAAGAGGAGCUGGAGCGGCUGAGGCCCAAAGGCGCGCGGCCCAGCCCGCAGCAGCUGGAAGGCUUCCAGGCGGCGCAGGUGGCGCAGAAGGCGCUGCUGAAGUCGCUGCCGGAGGAGAGCCAGCAAGUCUUGGACCGUGUUGCGGAGCUCCGGAAGCAGGCGCGAAAGGCGUCCCGGAAAGUGGCCAAGGAGAGCGGCGGAAGGUGGGGCACGAAGAAGUAUGCUGAAGAGCUCUUCCGAAGCAGGGGCCGCAUCAAGGGAGACGACACAUUCAUGAUCAGGCACCAAGUGAAAGGCGGUCAGGUAAGCCGCCAUUUUCAGCAGCUCACGGAAGAUGUGAUGUGGUGCCACCUGCAAGAUGCUGACCCAAAGGUCCGACUGGAAGCGCUCAAAGCGGCCAUCUUGUCGGCGGAGAACGGGAAACACGAGACGAUCAGCUACAUUCUCGAUCGUGUUGAUGAUGGAGAUGUGGCUGUGAGGCUGCUGGCCACCAGCGCCUUGGCUUACUUGCUGGACGCCCGGGAUGCGGAAGCCUCGGCGGCGCGGGCGGCGGGGCUGCGGCGAUUUCUGGACGCGGAUUACGAGGUGCGGCACGCCGCCCGGGGGCUGCUGGCAGCCGUGGGCUGCGGGAACGAGAGCGUGGUGUCCGGCUUGGCAGCUAUUGUGCAGGACCGCCAGGAGGACUGGCUGCGGCAAGAAGCGGUGGAGGCACUGGCCGAGCUGGCGAAGCGCGGCAGCAAGGAGGCCAUCGAGGCCAUUGUCCACGGCCUGGGCGAUCCCAGUUUGGAGGUUCGCCGGGAGGCGGUUGCUGCGCUCGGGGACGUGGCUCCCUUUGGCGACCGCGACGGCACGGCGCUGCUCUGCGAGUGCUGCACCGACCCCGACCCCAUCGUCCGCUGUACCCUGGCGCACGCGAGCACCAUCAUUUCGCCCUGGGGCGACGUGGAGAUGACGGCGGCGCUGGUGGGCUUGCUGCAGGACACCCAUGCAGAGGUGCGCGCCCGGGCCGUGGACGCCCUGGGCGCGGUGGCGAGGCCCUCGAACCGCGAGGUGCUGGAGGCGGUGGCGGCCUGCGCGCAGGACUCCCAAGAGCGCGUGCGCAGCGCAGUGAAACGCUCCCUGGCGCUGCUGAGUUUCCCCGAAGUGGGAAAGGUUCAGCUGCCGGCGCCGGAGCCCAUCGAGGGCGUGAAGUCCAAGAAGGCGCAGCUGCUGCGCCCGGAGAGCCAGGACUUACCGUCUUCGGUGGCUACGCUCCUGAACAGCAAGGCCUUUCUAUGCCUUUCGCGCUCCUCACGGGUGGUUCUCGAAGGAGCGCUCCCAUUGCUGGACGCCGCCUUCGAUCUGCUCGACUCGGACGCCUUCUGGCGGCACCCGCGCGCGCGCUUCGCGGCGGUGAGCCCGUCGCUGGUGAUGCAGCUGGCGCAGGAGAACUCCAACCGAACGGUCCGGGAGGUGCUGCGCUUUGGCUUCGAGUAUUUGGCAGAGGACAUCGAGAAGCACCUCAGCUGCUUCGCCCUGCCCGGCGCAGCGGACGCAACCUUGGCGGACCUGACGCGCUGUCAGAAGGUGCUGCUCACAUUCGCGAAAGCGUUCUGGCCACGGGCCCCGCACGUGCUCUUCGUGUACGAGCCGCGCGCCUUGGGGCUUGAGGGCUCGUCCCUGGAGGCGGUGCUUGCAGCCCUCAGUGAGUGGUCCGGUGGUGUGCUGCUGGCACGUGCGGAGCUCGGAGGUCUGGCGCCGGGCUGGCAGCACUUGCGCUUAGGGGACUGA